AUGGAAGACGUCAUUCAUUCAACAUACACGACUGGCGUGAGCAAUGACUUUGUCACCGACCCUGUAGAUUAUUACAGCGACUACUAUGACACAGGUCCCACUGAGACCACCGGCAUGUGUGACAGAAGCUGGGUCCGACAGUUUCGAGGGUGGUACGAACCGCCCCUCUUCUGGAUCAUCUUUGUGCUGGGUUCCCUGGGCAACCUCAUGGUGGUCUGGAUCUACACCACGGUGCGCAACCGCCUCAAAACCAUGACCGACGUCUAUCUGCUCAACCUGGCCGUGGCCGACCUCCUCUUCCUGUGCACACUGCCCUUCUGGGCCAUGGACGCCACCAAAGGAUGGGACUUUGGCGUGAGCCUCUGCAAGGUGGUGUCCGCCGUCUACAGGAUCAACUUCUUCAGCAGCAUGUUCCUGCUCACGUGCAUCAGCGUGGACCGCUACAUCGCCAUCGUGCAGGUCACCAAGGCUCAGAACUGGAAGAAAAAGCGUCUCUUCUACAGUAAACUGGCCUGCAUGGUUGUGUGGCUGGCCUCCGCGCUCUUUGCUCUGCCUGAGUUUAUUUUCGCCCAGGUGAAGACGGACGUAAGCGGGUCGUCCUUCUGUGUUCUGGUCUACUGGAACAACAUAAACAACCGCACAAAGAUCUUAGUGCUGUCCCUGCAGAUCUGCAUGGGCUUCUUCCUGCCUCUCCUCGUCAUGAUCUUCUGCUACUCCGUCGUCAUUCGCACGCUCUUGCAGGCCCGGAACUUUGAAAAGCACAAAGCCUUGCGCGUCAUCUUCAUUGUGGUGUUCGUGUUCGUCAUCUCCCAGCUGCCGCACAACAGCCUGCUGAUGAUGGAGGCCUCGCAGGCCGCCAACACCACCAUCACGCAGUGCAAUAUCGUCAAGCGCUUUGACGUCGCCGGUCAGAUUGCAAAGAGCCUGGCGUACACCCACGCUUGCUUGAACCCCUUCCUGUACGUCUUCGUCGGCGUGCGCUUCAGGCAGGACCUCCUGAAGAUGAUGAAGAAGUGCGCUGGUGGACUGAGCAAAGGGGGACUCGGCAAAGUCCAAGCGGUUCCCAAACGCCCGUCAGUUGUGACUGACACUGAUACCACACCUGCUCUUUCCUUAUAA